AUGAUUCAGAAGAUGGAUGAGGACUGGAGAUUAACUGACAGUGCUCUAACAGAGGAGGUGGACUCCCUGGAGACACUGUGGGUCAGUGAUGCUGGACUCACAGCUUACUCCGAGGAGGUGGUGGAGAUGAUUGACACAGACAUGACAGAGGACAUGGACGCUGAAGGGUGUGACGCAGGCGAGGCGCUGGCUGACACAGAUGGCCUCUCAGUGGGAGACAUUUUUGUUAAUAGCAUCGAUGAGGAGGCAGGCUGCUCCUCUGCUGAAAAUCAAGACAUGAAGAAGAGGCAGGAAAAGCUCAGCAUCAAGGAGGACGAAACAGGCGACUGUACAGCAGAUGAUUUAACUGAGUCUUUCACAGAUGAACCUGGUAUUCCCAUCAGUGAAAACACCAAGGACACCGAUACACAGCAAGUUUUUCUAUCGGAUGGAGAGGAGAAAGAGGAGGAGUCUGUUUCUGAUUGUGGCAUCACUUGCAAUAUCCUGAAGUUGAGCAGUGGAGUAUCAGCUGGGAACUAUGAGGAAACAGGAAAAAAUGGACAAAUAGUGUGUGUGUCCUCUGAGGAUUACGUGGAGAUUGGUCACAACAAUGAAUACAGCUGCAACGGUGGUGAUGAGAAGAAGGUAGGAACGUGUCAGAAAAGGACUUCUUUCAGAACGGAAGAGCACAAAGCUCGUACAGCAGAGGCCUUGUUGAAUCAUUUUGACUACCAGCCGCGGUUCAGGCUGGUAUCAAUCUCGGUGCCAACGGACACUGACACCUCGCUGACCUCUUCCCUCUCAGAAAGCCAGCUGCUUUCCCCAAACGACUCAGACGUGUUUAGAGACGAGGACGACCUGGAGGGUCACAUCGUGCCGUUUCUGGACGACACCACUGAUACGGAGCAGGACAUCAGUGAUGAGCAUGUUUAUGAGGAGCCGGGGCACAGUUCGGAGGGUGAAAAUGUUUUUCCAUUUGACAGGAAGGCCACGGGGAUGCAAUCCCGGUCACUGUCACACCGCAUUAAUAACAAUGUGGCUGAGAUGGGAGUGCAGUUUGUUCAAAGGCCCUACAUGAGUGGAUUUGGACAACCUGCACUGAGCAGCAGCCCCAUGUUAAACUCAGUGCGGCACAAGAGCUACUCCAAACCCCACUAUUUGUCCUUGUACCCCCGCUCCCUCUCCAUGGAGGGACAGGACAUGCCUCAGAGACAGAGAGAAGCCAUUUGUUCAUCUGGAAGCUUCUCCAGGUGCUCACCUUUGCCAUCCAGCGGCCUGUCCACUCCAACAUCUGUGGUAGAUAUCCCUCCUCCAUUUGAGCUGGCCUACAUCACCAAGAGGCCCAUCACAAAGAGUUCCCCCUCACUUCUCAUCGAGGGAGACUCAUCAGAGAAAAACAGGAAAAAGAAAUCCUCCCUUAAGCGCUUCCUGAUGCUUAAGUUUAGGCGGAAAACAGAGAGCAAGUCUGUGGUGGAUGUCAACCCGUCCUCCUUUAAGUCCUCAGCAGACUCCAGCCAUCACACACCCAGCAGACUGCUGGAUUUAGAUACACACAGUUUAAAUAACUCUCCACAGCUCAACUCACGCUCUGCUGGUAAACCUCAAGUUUCAUCUGAGCCAGCCUCAGCCUUGCUCUUCUACAAUGAAAGCAAAAGAAAAGGGAACUCUGUAGCCUUCCUCAAUCGCAGCGUCGUCCGAGUGGAGUCAUUUGAGGACCGCUCUCGUGUGCCUUUCAUACCUCUUCCCCUGACCAAGCCUCGCUCCAUCUCCUUCCCCAACACAGAUACCUCCGACUAUGAGAAUGUUCCUCCCAUCAGCUCGGACUACGAGAACCUUCAGGUCCCACAGCGGAGGCCUGUUCGCCAGGGACCCUUCGCGGACUUCUUUGACCGUCCCAGCCGAGUGCUGUCGUCUGCCAAUGACACGGACGGUUAUGUGGACAUGAGCAGCCUGCCUGGGUUCAGGAGUAAAGCUCAGUCACCUGAAGAGGAAACAGAAAGUGCCUACACAGAAGCCUACAAUGUGUGCUCGGUGGCUGUCGGUCCACAGACUGGUUCAGUGGGUGAUGUCAGGGGACAAACAGCGAGUGAGGAAGACCAGGGGCGCACGUCUGAAGAGGAAGAUGGCGGUGCAGACAGCAAUUAUGACAGACAGCCUGACGGACGAUCCAGAGCCUUUUACAUCGCAAAAGAACUGGUGGAUACAGAGAGAUUGCAUGUGAAAGCUCUCAAGCUUCUUCAGGAAGACUUUCGGGAAGCGGUGGGGGCAGCCGUCGGAGACGAGGGGGAACCUGUGUUGGAAGAAGAGAGGCUUCGAGAGAUUCUCAACGAGCUGCCUGACGUUUACACUCUGCACCGCAGAGUCCUCACUGAGCUGGAGAAUCGAAUCCGCCACUGGGAGGAGAGCCAGAGGAUUGCAGACAUCUUCCUGUCCAGAAAAGCAGAGUUCUUGGUUUUUACCACGUACAUUGGCCACUAUGACCGGAGUAUGAGCCUGCUGGAGGACAGCUGCCGGACCUCACCUGCCUUUGCAGCAAUUGUUCACCAGUUUGAGCAGCAGAGUCCAGCUGGGGAGAAGGUUUCUCUGAAGCAUCAGCUCCUGCAGGUCAUUGUGCGUGUUGCUCAGUACCGCAUGCUCCUCACUGAUUACCUGAACAACCUCUCCCCCGAUUCCAAGGAAUAUGAAGACACCCAAGCUGCUGUGGCGAUAGUGUCUGACAUUGCAGACCAAGUAAAUGACAGUUUAAAACAUGGGGAGAACUUGUUGCGUCUGGUCAACAUAGAGUACAGUGUUCACGGCCAGCGAGACCUGCUGCAGCCUGGCAGGGUUUUUGUUAAGGAGGGCACUUUGAUGAAGGUCAGCAGGAAGAGUCGACAGCCCAGGCAUCUGUUUUUGAUGAACGAUGUGUUGCUCUACACCUACCCUCAGCAGGACGGGAAAUACAGACUGAAGAACACUCUGCCACUCACUGGAUUGAAGGUCAGUAAACCCAUCACAGAAAAUGUCCAAAAUGCACUGAAGAUCGAAGGAACAGACAUCUCCAUCACUUUGUCUGCGAGUUCCUUCAUUGAAAGAGAGGACUGGUUUUACACUCUAAGCCGCACUGUAACUGAACACUCCAGAGGAUCUGUAGUAUUCAACAGCUGCUCAGGAGAAGCUAGAGAUCGUCUGCAUCUGUCUCUCGGGGAGAAAGCUCCCACACUUGUUCCAGUCUCACAAGUGAUGAUGUGUAUGAACUGCACCUCAGAUUUCAGCCUCACUCUUCGUAGACACCACUGCCAUGGCUGCGGGAGAAUUGUUUGUCGGAGCUGCUCCAGGAACAGAUAUCCACUGAAAUACAUGAAAGACCGCAUGGCCAAAGUGUGUGAUCACUGUUACAACGAGCUGAAGAAGAGAGGGGGAGAUGUGUCUGCACUUACAGCUAAAAGUAGCCCUCGUCCAAACCGCUCCAGUCGUCCGCUCUCUGCUGUGUUUCAAAACAUUCAUCCUCCCAACAUUUGGAGACAUCGCAAAGGCACCAUGUCCUUCAAUCAGGUGACGGAGUCAGAGGAAGGCUCCAUUAGUGGCAGUCUACAGCGUACCAAGAAGAGCAAGAGGAACUGGAAGAGACUGUGGUUCCUCCUAAAAGACAAGGUGCUUUACACCUACCGAGCUCAAGAGGAGAAAGUGGCGUCAGAGAGUUUGCCUCUGUUGGGUUUCACAGUGAAGCUGCCGGACAAGCAGGAGGGAGAGGAGGAGGCCAGCGUCUUCCAGCUUUACCACAAAAACACUUUGUAUUACACCUUUAAAGCUGAGGACAACUACACAGCCCAGAGGUGGGCAAAUGCCAUGGAGGAAGCCACAGUUUUAUAGGAUCAGCCUCAGUGGCAGGCUGCUGAAAAUAGAAGUCUGCUGCCUUUCUUCUGCUACAAACCCGUGUCCCUAAAAAACUGACCAACUGUGAAACCAAAAAGGGAAGAUAGGGAAUAAAAAAGAAUAUAUGAUUAUGUCUACAAGCUGUAACCUCCCUGGCUGGACUGAAGAAAAGGAGACAUUUUGUUCUUUGAGAGGGAACAUGAUCACCUACUUUGUCACCCUGCCCGCUGUUACAGCAGGUGUGAUGCUGAGAGCCACGAGAGGCCGUGGCCCAGAUACCUGCCAGUGUGGAACAUCACAUUGAUGUGACCUGUAUUUCUUCUAGCAGCUGAGCAGCGUCUUUCCUCCAGAUCAAAGGGAAGAUUGUGGAUUUUUUGGAAAAGAAAUAUAUAUUCUAUGACUUCAACUGUUUUUUCAAUAUAUCCAAUAUUUCAGGACAACAUAAACAAAUCAGUUCAAUAACAUACGCAGUCAUUUUACUGUCGUUUUCAGGGAGGCAGAAAAUAUAACAGACAAAUUCAACCUCACUCAGAAAUGCCCGCAUCAGGAAUGGCUUGAUUUUCAGUUUUUAGCUACGUAAUUAGUUACACCUUUGUCUCAACAUACGUUCUUCCACUGGAUUAAAUCUCUAUGACUAAUACUUUGAAGCACAGGCUGAAUCAAAGAAUGAGUAAUUUUAUAUGUAAAGAAGUGUCUGUAGCUUUGCCAUAUGUACUGUAUUGUUGGAGACAGUCCUGCCAGUGAAUGAAUAGUUUCUAUGAUUUUUUUUGCACUGAUGUAAAGAGGAAUGAACCUGAAAAGAUAUAUGAGUGUAGUAGUGUAGUAUCUUCAUCAUAGAGGCCAAAAGCUGCAACCACUCUACUUACUUAAUUUACUUAACAUACUUUUCGAUUGGGAAAAUGUGGACAUGAAUGUCUUUGUUGUUUUAAAUACCCAUAACAAAUAUAAUGUAAAGUCAUAUUUGUAUAAAGACUCCAUGUCCAGCUGUGCACAGAUGUGUUGCCCUGGAUUGAACUAUGAAUCACUUAUUUCACUGAUCUACAUUAUCAGUGUCCUGGACUUUGUACUGUACUUGAUGAUUUAUUAAGUUUAUUUCUAACACUAUGGUUUUAAAAUCAAGUAAAGGAGGCUGUAAUGAUGGAAGCAGCCUGUGUCUGUGUUUUGUCCUCAUCCUCAGCAUGUCCUCUAGAUGGCAGGUGGACUAAACACUAAAGUACAGUAGGCUGUCAUUGACUUCCUGUCACUGUGUCCUUGCUGAUGGAGCUCAGUACAUACAGUAAAAAUGGAAACAUUUCCCACUAUGCUGCCACAACUGUUUGCACUCCACUUGUAGCACGCCCUAAAUGAGUAUAUUGUGUCUCUGCUGGCAUGUACUCCAUGUGUGGCUUGUUCUGAUGAAACACCAAACUGGUGAGUGUUUCAGAUCACACUUGUGAGCUGCUCGGGAAGACACCAGGGACUGAGUGAUACACAGUCCAGUGUGCUGUUCGGCCAAAGAAAGGCCAGGCCUGCUCUGCUUCUUGUCUCCCCCUGAGGCUUCCUGACCCAGAAUAAUAUCAGGCAGAAAGUUUGCUUUCUGGGGCUCCUGAAAAGAUGCAGACACCUCGUCCCAAAUAGAGGACAGAUCAUUCAUCACUCUCUUCUCCCUUUCUAGCCCCAAUUCUGUUUUCUCCCUUCUUCUAUUGCGUUUCUCAAAUAUAUUAGUUGUGUUUUCUUUGCCUUUGCUGCUGUUGGUUAAGACACAAUAUGCAUAUACAGCACCUUAUGAGUGACAGUAUUUAUCGCCCCACACUUCCUGUACCUGUCCCUUCUCACUCUGUCCUUCCACUGCAAUAACAUCAUUUUAUUGGCUGUAGUCCAGUGCUGAGUGCUUGAUUUUGUCUCUGCAACACUGAAAGAGAGAAAUCUCAAGAACACAUUACUUCAAAGUGUACUCUGUCAGUUAUAGUGAUAUGUAAAACAGAGCUUUAUCAUGUUUAUAUUUUUACUAUAUGUCUGCUUCCAAGUUUUCUAGUUUGACCAAAGCAGCAAGAAUCAAUAUAAUUGUUGACUUAUAGUUGUUGUUUCUAGUUGUUAGUAGUUGAAGAGUAAAUGGGACCAAAACUGGAACGUUCAGUUGCACUUGUAAAGAUUCCUUGUGAGCUAAUUAAUAAAAAAAAAAA